AUGGCCACGGAGAGUCCACUUAGAAUGCCCUCCCACAAGGAGUCGGCAACUUUUGCACCAUCAACUCCUAAUAUGGCAGUGGAGGAUUUGGGAUUUCUUAGAAAGGGUCAAAGAUUCCAUGGCAAUGGGAGAGAUGCAGUCCCUAAUCGAAGUGGAAGUGCACCUCCAAACAUGGAAGGCUCCUUUUUGGCGGUAAACAACCUCAUUUUCCAGCAAAAUUCCAACCUUAAUCCGAGGUUAGGGAGUUCAAACAAUGCUCUUCAAGCAUUUGACUCGGAGAAGCAGUCAUAUUUAUCUUAUUAUGGUACUGGUGCCAAUCUAAACACCAGACUUCCUACACCACCCAUCCCAAGGGAGAAUCAGCAUCUGGGACGUCAAACUGUUAAGUUUGGCAGUAAUUGGGGAUUGGCUCCAAUAGAUGACAGCAGUAACAGUUCCUUGCAUUUGUUGCAAGUUCUUUCUACACACAAGGAAGAGUCUGAGGAUGACCACUCACCCCAGCAGCCCUUGGACAAUUUAGUUGACACGACAAAUGGAUUUUGGUCUGGAGAGGAUGCUGCUCCAUUGGCAGGCCAAUCGAAAAGCUUGGUUGAUUUAAUUCAGGAGGAUUUCCCCCGUACUCCAUCUCCUGUAUAUAACCAGUCUCGGUCCUUAAGCUCUGGAACGACAGAUGAAGCAGCUGAUCAUGACAUAGUUUCCAGUUCCUUGCAUGAUCUCACUGUUAGCACAUCCAAUGCCAUUCCAUCAAUUCUAGGUACAAAAACUGUAGGGCUACCAUUGAAUGUUGAUCCCUCAAUCACUCCUGUUUCAAGCUCAUUGUCUCUUAAUUGCACAGGAACCACACAACCCAAACCACCUGUUAGCAAAGGAUUUUUAAAUAGUGCAGAUGUUAACGUUAUUGAAUCUGGAAUGAAGGGUCUUAAUAUAUCUAGCCUUCAGAAUCCCAAGGAGCAAAAAAAUCUAGAGCAGUGGCAACACAGCUACCAGGGCCAUGUUCAGCAACAUCAAGUCCACCAACAGCUGAGCAAUUCAUUUCAAGUUCAAAGUGCCAAGUCUCAAAUGGGUUCUCAGGGAGUAAAUUCUGCAUAUGUUGGUAUGGAUCAACUUCUCCAUGGCCCAUCAAAGUUCUCAGCGGAGUUGCAGCCAGUAUUGCAGUCAUCUGGGUUCACGCCUCCUGUUUACGCAACAGCUGGCUACAUGACUUCACCAAGUCCAUUUUACCCAAAUCUACAGGCUCCAGGAUUAUGUGCGCCACAAUAUGGUAUGGGGGGUUAUGCUCCGAAUUCAAAUGUUAUUCCUCCGUAUGUUGCUGGAUAUCCCCCUCAUGGUACAGUUCCAAUGGUUUUUGAUGGCUCUGUUAUUCCAAACUUUAAUGCCGCAAUGUCUGGGACUUCAAGUGGCGGAGGCAUUACCCAUGGAGCUGAUGUGCAACAUUAUAACAAGUUCUAUGGGCAGCUUGGAUAUGCAGUUCAACCUUCAUUUACCGAUCCUGUAUAUAUGCAAUACUAUCAACAGCCUUAUGGACUGGCAUAUAAUAUGUCUAGUCAAUUUGAUCCCUUGGCAUCUGGAGGUGGUGCUAUUGGCAGACAAAACAAUGCUCCUGACUUAAAGAAAGGGUCUGAAGUUGCUGCUGGCUUGGAGGAGCAGAAAUUGCUACACCAGAGAGGUGGAGCGAUUAAUCUGAAUCAAGGUAGAGGGCGGAUAAUGAAUCUUCCCUAUUUUGGAAAUUCACCAAAUAUGGGUAUAUUGCAGUACCCCUCAUCACCCCUUGCUAGCCCAGUUUUGCCAGGAUCCCCAGUGGGGGGCAGUGGUAUUUCUGGAGGGAGAAAUGAAAUGAGGUUCCCGCCAGGCAGUGGUAGAUAUGCUGCUGUGUAUUCUGGAUGGCAAGGUCAAAGAGGAUCAGAGAGUUUUAAUGACCCUAAAGUAUAUAAUUUUCUUGAGGAGUUGAAAUCUGGCAAAGGCCGCAGAUUUGAGUUGUCUGAUAUUGUAGGGCACAUUGUUGAAUUUAGGCAAGUCCUUACUGAUGCUGAUCAACAUGGUAGCCGAUUUAUUCAGCAGAAGUUAGAGAAUUGCAGUGCUGAAGAGAAGGCAUCUGUAUUUAAGGAAGUUCUUCCAUAUGCUUCCAAAUUAAUGACUGAUGUUUUUGGCAACUAUGUUAUUCAGAAAUUUUUUGAGUAUGGAAGCACUGAGCAGAGGAAGGAACUUGCUAACCAGCUUACUGGUCAGAUUUUGCAUCUAAGUUUGCAGAUGUAUGGUUGUCGGGUAAUCCAAAAGUUUCCUGAGAUGGGGUGCCUACCCUCUGAGUUUUCAGUACCAUGGGAGUGUGUGAUUAGUGGUCACAUUGAGUUAGAUUGGACACUUGUAUACAGGGUGUCAGUACUGAAUAAGAAUAGGAAUGGCAAGUUUCUUAUUGGUGGUGCCUUGCUGAAAUUGGAUGUUAGAUAUGCACUUGACGUAAUUGAGCUUGAUCAGAAAGCACAGCUUGUCCAUGAAUUGGAUGGACAUGUUAUGAAAUGUGUACGUGAUCAGAAUGGUAACCAUGUCAUACAGAAGUGCAUUGAGGGUAUACCGGCGGAAAAAAUUGGAUUCAUAAUCUCUGCCUUCCGUGGUGAAGUUGCAACUCUCUCCAUGCAUCCUUAUGGUUGCCGUGUUAUACAGAGAGUUCUAGAGCAUUGUGCAGAUGAGCUGCAAUGUCAGUUCAUAGUGGAUGAGAUCUUGGAGUCUGUCUGCAUUCUUGCACAAGACCAGUAUGGAAAUUAUGUUACUCAGCAUGUAUUGGAGAGGGGGAAAUCUUAUGAAAGAUGCCAAAUUAUUAGCAAAUUGUCAGGGCAUAUUGUUCCGCUCAGCCAGCAUAAGUUUGCGUCCAAUGUUGUUGAGAAAUGUUUGGAGUAUGGUGGUGCCACAGAGCGGGAAAUAAUAAUUCAGGAGAUUCUUGGGCAGAAUGAAGGAAACGAUAAUCUAUUGACAAUGAUGAAGGACCAAUAUGCAAAUUAUGUUGUCCAGAAGAUUCUUGACACUUCUACUGAUAUUCAGCGGGCCAUGUUGCUUAAUCGUAUAAGAACACAUGUGCAUGCUCUGAAGAAAUAUACUUACGGGAAGCACAUUGUUGCUAGGUUCGAACAGCAAUUUGGAGAAGAACUUAGCUAUGGACUCCAUAUGUGGGGUUGGUCCGAGUGGUUAUGCCUUGCAGCUGAACUGAAAGACAUGCUUGUCACCAGGAAAAAGGAUACUUGGUAA